AGUUCUGGGUGAUGGAGGAAAAUGGCCGCCGGGUGUGGUGAGGGCGACGCGCCGAGAGCCGAGGUCCUUGCCUUUCCCGGGUUCUGACAGCGCCUGCGGCAAAUCGGGCCCUUUCCGCACGGGCGUGGGCGCCGACCUGGGGCCGGGCUGGGAGACGGAGAGUGUGGUGGUCGGCGAGGAGAAGCCGCGGCCGGUAUUGGAAUAAAGAUAACCGUAGCUUCCUGUGAACAUGUCAGUUCUGAUAUCACAGAGUGUAAUAAAUUAUGUCGAAGAAGAAAACAUUCCUGCUUUGAAAGCACUUCUUGAAAAAUGCAAAGAUGUGGAUGAGAGAAAUGAGUGCGGCCAGACUCCGCUGAUGAUAGCUGCUGAACAAGGCAAUCUGGAGAUAGUGAAGGAAUUAAUCAAGAAUGGAGCUAACUGCAACCUGGAAGAUUUGGACAACUGGACAGCACUUAUAUCUGCAUCCAAAGAAGGACACCUGCCCAUCGUGGAAGAGCUGCUUAAAUGCGGGGCAGCCUUGGAGCACCGUGACAUGGGAGGCUGGACGGCGCUCAUGUGGGCCUGCUAUAAAGGCCGAACCGAAGUGGUCGAGGUGCUGCUGUCCCACGGCGCCAAUCCCAGUGUGACUGGUCUGCAGUACAGCGUGUACCCCAUCAUCUGGGCGGCGGGAAGAGGCCAUGCAGAUAUAGUGCAUCUUUUACUGCAAAAUGGUGCUAAAGUCAACUGCUCUGAUAAGUAUGGAACCACCCCUUUGGUUUGGGCUGCACGAAAGGGUCAUUUGGAAUGUGUAAAACAUUUAUUGGCCAUGGGAGCUGAUGUUGAUCAAGAAGGAGCUAAUUCAAUGACUGCGCUUAUUGUAGCAGUCAAAGGAGGCUACACGCAGUCCGUGAGGGAGAUUUUGAAGAGGAGCCCAAAUGUAAAUUUGACAGAUAAGGACGGGAACACAGCUCUGAUGAUCGCGUCGAAGGAGGGCCACACGGACAUUGUACAGGACCUGCUUGACGCAGGAACGUACGUGAAUAUACCUGAUCGGAGUGGAGACACUGUGUUAAUUGGCGCGGUCAGAGGUGGUCACGUGGAAAUCGUUCGAGCGCUUCUCCAAAAAUAUGCCGAUAUAGACAUCAGAGGACAGGACAAUAAAACUGCUUUGUAUUGGGCUGUGGAGAAAGGAAAUGCGACAAUGGUGAGAGAUAUCCUGCAGUGCAACCCCGACACUGAAAUAUGCACGAAGGAUGGUGAAACACCUCUUAUAAAGGCUACCAAGAUGAGAAAUAUUGAAGUGGUGGAGCUGCUGCUAGAUAAAGGAGCUAAAGUGUCUGCUGUGGAUAAGAAAGGAGACACUCCUUUGCAUAUUGCUAUUCGUGGCAGGAGCCGGAAGCUGGCGGAGCUUCUUUUAAGAAACCCCAAAGACGGCAGGUUACUUUACAGGCCCAACAAAGCCGGCGAGACGCCCUACAACAUUGACUGCAGCCAUCAGAAAAGUAUUUUAACUCAGAUAUUUGGAGCCAGACACUUGUCUCCCACCGAAACAGAUGGUGACAUGCUUGGGUAUGAUUUAUACAGCAGUGCCCUGGCCGACAUUCUCAGUGAACCCACCAUGCAGCCGCCCAUUUGUGUGGGGCUGUAUGCGCAGUGGGGAAGCGGGAAGUCCUUCUUACUCAAGAAACUGGAAGAUGAAAUGAAAACGUUCGCAGGACAACAGAUUGAACCUCUUUUUCAAUUUUCAUGGCUUAUCGUAUUUCUGACUCUGCUCCUUUGUGGAGGCCUUGGUUUGUUGUUUGCUUUUACAGUGGACCCAAAUCUUGGAAUAGCAGUGUCCUUGAGCUUCCUGGCUCUCUUAUAUAUAUUUUUUGUUGUCAUUUACUUUGGCGGACGGAGGGAAGGAGAGAGUUGGAAUUGGGCCUGGGUCCUCAGUACUAGGUUGGCAAGACACAUCGGCUAUUUGGAGCUCCUCCUCAAACUGAUGUUUGUGAACCCACCCGAGCUGCCAGAGCAAACCACGAAGGCUUUACCUGUGCGGUUUCUGUUCACAGAUUACAACAGGCUGUCCAGUGUAGGCGGAGAAACUUCAAUGGCUGAGAUGAUUGCCACCCUCUCGGAUGCUUGUGAAAGAGAGUUCGGCUUUUUGGCCACCAGGCUUUUUCGAGUCUUUAAGACCGAAGAUACGCAGGGUAAGAAGAAGUGGAAGAAAACGUGUUGCCUCCCGUCUUUCGUCAUCUUCCUUUUCAUCUUUGGCUGCAUCAUUGCCGGGAUCACCCUCCUGGCCAUCUUCAGAGUUGACCCCAGACAUCUGACAGUGAAUGCGGUCCUCAUAGCGAUUGCUUCGAUAGUGGGCCUGGCCGUUGUGCUGAACUGUCGGACGUGGUGGCGGGUGCUGGACUCGCUCCUGAAUUCGCAAAGGAAGCGCCUCCACAGCGCUGCCUCCAAGCUGCACAAACUGAAAAGCGAAGGAUUCAUGAAAGUGCUGAAGUGUGAAGUGGAGUUGAUGGCCAGGAUGGCCAAGACCAUUGACAGCUUCACUCAGAAUCAGACAAGGCUGGUGGUUAUCAUCGACGGACUAGAUGCCUGUGAGCAGGACAAGGUUCUCCAGAUGCUGGACACCGUCCGAGUUCUGUUUUCCAAAGGCCCAUUCAUUGCCAUCUUUGCCAGUGACCCGCAUAUCAUCAUAAAGGCCAUUAACCAGAACCUCAACAGCGUGCUCCGUGACUCCAACAUCAACGGCCACGACUACAUGCGCAACAUAGUUCACCUGCCCGUCUUCCUCAACAGCCGCGGACUGAGCAGUGCCAGGAAGUUCCUUGUAACCUCAACCACGAAUGGGGAUGUGCCUUGCUCGGACAGCGCAGGGGUGCAGGAAGAUGCUGACAGGAGAGUUUCGCAGAACAGCCUCGGAGAGAUGACGAAACUGGGUAGCAAGACGGCCCUCAAUAGACGGGAUACGUACCGGCGCCGGCAGGUGCAGAGAACAAUCACCCGGCAGAUGUCCUUCGACCUGACGAAACUGCUGGUGACCGAGGACUGGUUCAGCGACAUAAGUCCUCAGACCAUGCGAAGAUUGCUCAAUAUUGUUUCUGUGACAGGGCGAUUGCUGAGAGCUAAUCAGAUAAGUUUCAACUGGGACAGGCUGGCUAGCUGGAUCAACCUUACUGAGCAGUGGCCAUACCGAACUUCAUGGCUCAUAUUAUACUUGGAGGAGACCGAAGGUAUUCCAGAUCAAAUGACAUUAAAAACCAUCUAUGAAAGAAUAUCAAAGAAUAUUCCAACAACUAAAGAUGUUGAGCCACUGCUUGAAAUAGAUGGAGAUAUACGAAAUUUUGAAGUGUUUCUGUCUUCAAGGACCCCAGUUCUUGUGGCUCGAGAUGUGAAAACCUUUUUGCCAUGCACUGUAAAUCUAGAUCCCAAACUCCGGGAAAUUAUUGCAGAUGUUCGUGCUGCCAGAGAGCAGAUUAAUAUCGGGGGGCUUGCGUAUCCCCCGCUUCCAUUGCACGAGGCUCCUCCUCGGCCGCCCUCAGGCUACAGUCAGCCUCCGUCUGUCUGCUCUUCUUCCACGUCCUUCAAUGGACCCUUUGCGGGUGGGGUUGUGUCACCGCAGCCUCACAGCAGCUAUUACAGCGGCAUGACGGGACCCCAGCACCCGUUCUACAACAGGCCAUUCUUUGCCCCAUACCUUUACACGCCACGGUACUACCCUGGCGGUUCCCACCAUCUCAUCUCACGUCCAUCAGUAAAAACGAAUUUGCCCAGAGAUCAGAGCAAUGGCCUAGAGGUUAUCAAGGAGGACGCUGCUGAGGGGCUUUCUUCACCCACAGGCUCCUCGAGGCCGUGUGACUCUGGGUUUAACAAACAGAGACAGGGAUCAGGCCCAGCUCCAGGAGCCGUAUCCCUGAAUGCGAUGAACGUGGAUGCCGUCUGUGAGAAGCUGAAGCAAAUAGAAGGGCUGGACCAGAGCCUGCUGCCUCAGUACUGCGCAACCAUCAAAAAGGCGAACAUAAAUGGCCGUGUGUUAGCUCAGUGUAACAUUGAUGAGCUGAAGAAGGAAAUGAAUAUGAAUUUUGGAGACUGGCAUCUUUUCAGAAGCACAGUGAUAGAAAUGAGAAACGCAGAAAACCAGGUGGUCCCCGAAGACCCGCGUUUGCUGAGUGAAAACAGCAGCAGCGCAGCUGCUCACGGCGAGUCAGCUCGGCGCGCGUCGCACAGCGAGUUGCCGCACACCGAGCUUUCCAGCCAGGCUCCCUACACCCUCAACUUCAGCUUUGAAGAGCUGAACACGCUCGGGCUGGACGAAGGGGCUGCGCGUCACAGUAACCUCAGCUGGCAGUCACAGACUCGCAGAACCCCCAGUCUUUCGAGUCUCAAUUCCCAGGAUUCCAGUAUUGAAAUUUCAAAGCUCACUGAUAAGGUGCAGGCCGAGUAUAGAGAUGCCUAUAGAGAGUAUAUUGCUCAGAUGUCUCAGUUAGAGGGGGGCACAGGGUCUGCAACAGUGAGCGGCAGGUCUUCUCCGCAUGGCACGUACUAUAUGGGCCCGAGUUCAUCAGGGGGCUCCAUCCACUCUAACCUGGAGCCAGAAAAAGGGAAGGAUAGCGAGCCAAAGCAAGAUGAUGGCAGGAAGGCCUUUCUCCUGAAGAGGGGCGACGUUAUAGAUUACUCAUCGUCAGGCGUCUCCACGAACGACGCCUCACCCCUGGACCCUAUCACUGAAGAAGAUGAAAAAUCCGAUCAGUCGGGCAGUAAGCUGCUCCCAGGCAAGAAAUCCUCCGAAAGGUCCAGUCUCUUCCAGACGGACUUGAAGCUGAAGGGAGGUGGCCUGCGCUAUCAGAAACUUCCCAGUGAUGAAGAUGAAUCUGGGACCGAAGAGUCAGACAACACCCCUCUGCUCAAAGACGACAAAGACAAAAAGGCCGAGGGGAAAGCAGAGAGGGUGUUGAAGUCUCCAGAGCACAGCACGGAGCCCAUUCGGACCUUCAUCAAGGCGAAGGAGUACUUGUCAGACGCCCUGCUUGACAAGAAGGACUCGUCUGAUUCAGGCGUGCGAUCCAGCGAGAGCUCCCCCAACCACUCCCUUCACAACGAAGCCGCGGACGACUCCCGCCUGGAAAAGGCCAAUCUCAUAGAGCUGGAGGACGACGGCCACAGCGCCAAGCGGGGAAUACCGCACAGCCUGAGUGGCCUGCAAGAUCCGAUUGUGGCGCGGAUGUCCAUUUGCUCCGAAGACAAGAAAAGCCCUUCCGAAUGCAGCUUGAUAGCCAGCAGCCCCGAGGAGAACUGGCCAGCAUGCCAGAAAGCCUACAAUCUCAAUCGCACACCCAGCACCGUGACUCUGAACAACAACAGUGCUCCAGCUAAUAGAGCCAACCAGAAUUUUGAUGAAAUGGAGGGAAUCAGGGAGACUUCCCAAGUCCUUUUGAGGUCUGGCUCCAGUUCCCACUCGUCUGCCAUUCAGAACGAGAACCUGAAGAGCAUGGCGCAUAAGCGAAGCCAGCGUUCAAGUUACACGAGGCUCUCCAAAGAGUCUUCAGAGCUCCACGCAGUAGCCUCUUCUGAUAGCACAGGCUUUGGAGAAGAAAGAGAAAGCAUUCUUUAAGAAAGACAAGCGCAAGUCGAAUAGUCUUACUGUACCCCUCUGUCAAGAUUGAGCUGCGUUUUAUAGUGAGUCCAUCCAGGCUCGUCCUCCUUGUACAUUUCGCUCACAAAUCGCGAAUGGAUGAGAAGGCCUUUGGUAAAAGAGACAAAUGCUGUGCAUCGGAGGGACGUGUACAAAAGGAUGGUUCGUCUGCCGCCUCCAUUGUCUCUGCAGUUAGAAGCUGAAAACCCCACUACUGCUAUCACACCUUUCAUUGGCAUAUAAGUCCAAGACAAGAUCAGAGCAGAACGAUAGGUCAGAAGUCGUCUAUUAAAUAUAAAGGGGUUAAUUUGCCAACAGAGGUAAAAGGCCAGAGAGCCCUUUUGCAGAACGUUCAUUCAUUAAAUAUUUGAGGGAAGACAUGAUCGAUGCUAAAUGAACCAGAAGCACAGCUCGCUCGCUCUUAAGGGUAAUAGGCAAGAGUUUACAGAUCACGGAAUAGCCUAGAGACUAACGGUUAAUGCUUUGUGAGUAGAGAACCAGUGUUCUAUAUAAUAGACAGAUUGCUUCAAAGAGUUGUAAAAUUUUAAGUAGAAAAUGUAAAGAGGGCUUUAAAAAUUGCCAGGAGAGCAAGUCCGCAGUGCCCAGAGUAGAGCCACAGUAACCGGGCCACUGUGAGCUGCUGGGAGCAUGGCCCGUGGGGUGGGGCCCGUAACCUCCCCCCGACCUGCACCCCCUUCUCCCUAAAUCCCAGACCUGGCUUCAAGACCCACCCAGGUUUACCCUAUGACCCAUCUAAACUGGGCGCUCAGCUUUCCUUCGUGAGCCCAGCAGUGAGAGGAGAAAAUGAAUUCUUCCCCUGGAGAGUCGGGGAGCCGUGGCGCGCAGUGAUAGGCACUGAGGGUCUUCGUGGGGGAAGAGACGGGGGCCAGGAGGAACCGUGUACCUCGGGAGGUCGGCGGUCGUUGACAGAUGACAAGGAAACAUGUGAUGAGGUGAAAUGAAACCACUGCCUUCUCCUCCAGCGCAGAGCUCAUCUGCUUCAUCUGUUCCUAAAUUAGUUCUGGGGGAAGAUCAUGAGAAAUACUUUUAGGAAAAGCGUUUAAAAACAUAUAGCAAAGCAAAGGCGAAAAGAAGAUAAAUCGGGUGUGACUUUUCAUGUAUUGGUAGCAUUAAGAGAACAAGCACAUUUAAGUAUCGUGUGGACUGGAAGUGCACCUGUCAUCGUGCGUGGACAUGUUUUUGGUCUUUUUUAACGUGGCUCAUCGAUGUAGAAGAAUUUUGGCCGUGUACCUUCAGUCCCAGAGAAGAUUGUAGAUGGUGAGAUCGUAGCUGAGCAGCUACUUACAUUGAGUGGUCCAUUUUCAAUGUUUUGCACUUAAUUAAUACGCUAAGUAUUUAUUUACUCAGCCAGUCAUUGCAUUAAAAGUUGCUCUUUUGCAUUUUCUUGCCUUGAUGUUUGAGUGUAAUCUAGCAUUUUCAUGACGUGUUUAUUUCGCAUGACGUUAACCCAUUUUAACUAAUUUUUUAAAAGCCAGAAUGUUAUUAUUAUAUAUUGAAAUGUUAACAUUUUACUAUUUAUGGUGUUUACUAGUUCGCAAUAUUGUGUAAUUAGUCAUUAUUUCCGGGGAAAUAUUUUGUUCCUUAGCAGGUGCGUAGAUUUAGCUUCAUAUCGUUGUAGUAUGUUCUUUAUUCUCUUUGUGAAGUUAAUGCCAGCAUAUUAAGUGUACAAACAGAUUUAGAAGACAAUAAAAAGAUCGCAUGCUACUCUGA